CCAGCUCUCACCCCUCCCCCUCCUCUCCCGACGUCACAGCGUCAAAUACGGACGGCUCCGGCUCUAAAUCCUCCACUCGCGCUCUGAGCGGCUGCCUGAGCGCAUCCUUUAAUACAUGAAGCGCUCCGCGGAGACGCACAUGAAACCGGACUGAUAGUGAAGCCAGCGGGGGACGGAGCUGCACCUUCUCUUUCUCCCAUGCUCUGUCUGAGUGGCUUUAUUCCUCUUUUUGAUCUACGCAUGUCUUAUUCAGAGGAAAGUGGACAUUUUUUACUUUUCUUUUCCUUGGAGCACACAUCCAGUCCCCAGCUUGAUUUGAAAUAAAACCAAGGUUUAAAAUGAACGAAGGACUUGAGAACAACCUGACUCAACUGUAUGACAACUGGACAUUUUACAACUCCUCCGUGGAGUUCUUCAUACCCAGGAAGAACAUCACAUAUGUUGGAUUUUACCUGCAUCAGCCGUCCACCGCUGCCAUCUUCAUCGUGUCCUACCUGCUGAUCUUCCUGGUGUGCAUGGUGGGAAAUGGCGUGGUGUGCUUCAUUGUGCUGCGGAGCAAAAACAUGCGGACUGUCACCAACUUGUUCAUCUUAAACCUUGCUGUGAGUGACCUCCUGGUCGGGAUUUUCUGCAUGCCCACAACACUUCUUGACAACAUAAUUACAGGAUGGCCUUUUGGAAGCCUGGUCUGCAAAAUGAGCGGCAUGGUUCAAGGGAUCUCCGUGUCAGCAUCCGUCUUCACUCUGGUGGCUAUUGCUGUUGACAGAUUCAGAUGCAUCGUCUACCCAUUCAAGCAAAAGCUGACCAUAUCCACGGCCACCUUGAUAAUAGUCAUUAUCUGGGUUCUGGCCAUUUCCAUUAUGUGUCCCUCUGGGGUGAUGCUACAAGUGACCAAGGAGCAAUCCAUCCGGGUCUUACUGGGCUACGAUAACAAAACCAGUCCCUUUUAUUGGUGCAGGGAGAACUGGCCCAACCAGGAGAUGAGGAAGAUUUACACCACCGUCCUCUUUGCUAAUAUCUACCUUGCUCCGCUUUCCCUCAUCGUCAUCAUGUACGCCCGGAUCGGCAUUACGCUUUUUAAGACGGCGGUUCCGACGGGAGGAAAGCCGGGCCACGACAACCGCCACACGGUGUCAAAGAAAAAGCAACGGGUGAUUAAAAUGCUCCUAAUAGUGGCGCUGCUCUUCAUCCUGUCCUGGCUGCCUCUGUGGACCCUCAUGAUGCUGAGCGACUACGCCAGCCUGACGGAGCAGCAGUACAGAAUCAUCAACAUUUACAUUUACCCCUUCGCCCACUGGCUGGCCUUCUUCAACAGCAGCGUCAACCCCAUCAUCUACGGUUUCUUCAAUGAGAAUUUCCGCAGAGGAUUUCAAGCCGUGUUCAAGUUCAGCCUGUGCACGGCGGACGGGCAGCGGAGGAAAACCUACUCGCACAGGCUGCAGGGGAACUCUGUGCUCCCAGCUAAUCAGGCACAAACGUCCCUGGAGCCCAUUUCUCUCAACAGCCUCGAUAAGAACACUUCCAGGCGUGUCAACCAUGUCACUGAGCAGGACUUGGUUAUGGAGGACCUGGAGAAGGCAUCCUGCAGCAGCGGGGGUGUGACUGCAGUGUCAAUUUGAGGAGACAGACAUUCUUCAAGGUGAUAAGCAAAGGUUUUCCAACAAACUUCCCAUUAUCUUUCAAAUGCAAUUCCUCCGCUGAGUGAAAAUAAACGGCAGCAAGGCUGUUUUUUUUCAAGCUGAGGUUUAGAGGCAAUCUGUCUAAGGCAAUUUGAUUAAAUAAAAAAAGAAAAGCAAAUGAAAAAUAAGACAUACAAAGCAGUCAUUUAUUUCUCCGACUAUCCUGCAGCAAGCUACCUCACAGUGUUGCUCCUGAAAUAAAUAUAUGUCUAAAAUUACCAAUUUCAAAAAGAGAACUCUUGGUUAAUUAGUUAACCUUUCCUUAUCACCUUUUAGCCACACAAUGUAUGUUGCACAUAUUGUGCCAUGUUUGAAAUGGAAGCAGGUUGUGCUGUUGCAACUGUAGUUAUCAACAAAAGGGGAAACAGAACAUGAUGGAGGAUGAGUUGAUGCUGCAUUGAUAACAAGCUUCUGUCCUGCCAACAUGGUCUCACAGAAAUCCGUGAAAUACCCACGGAUUUCGCUUAACUCAAAAUCCGUGAAAUAGCCACGGAUUCGCUCAAAUUUCCGUGAAACUGACACGGAUUUCGCUACAAUGCAAGUUAAUGACAUAGUCAUAUCCCGUGGCUAUUCCAACAUACAAAGUGAUUAUGUACAUUCACUGAGUGAAUAUUUAGAAAAUAAAACAUAUAUUUCUCGCUACAAAUGUGAUCAAAAUCCAUUUUUAUGCAGAAACUAAGUCAAAAUAUUGAUUUUUCACUAAAAAUGAGAGAACUGUCCGCCAUGUUUUUUUUUUCUGACCGCUGGGACCUUGAAAGUCACGUGACUUGGAACAAACCAAUAGCCACGGGAUAUGACUGUCAUUAACUUGCAUUGUAGCGAAAUCCCUGUCAGUUUCACGGAAAUUUGAGCGAAUCCGUGGCUAUUUCACGGAUUUCUGUGAGACCAGGUUGGUCCUGCUCCAUGACAGACCUUAUAAAACAUGUAUGUAUAAAUGUAUAAAGGUGCAUCGAACACAAUGUACCGCGAUGUUUGCAGAGCAGAUUCAGAAGUAAAGUCACUCGGAAGAAAAAUAUUAAAAUUUAAAGACAUUGUAGGUGGCACAUUAGAUGACGACUAUCCUGCAUUUGUGUAUCAUUUAUUCAUAUUGAGAGUCGAAGCACUUGGAGAGGAGAACCUCUGGCCUGUGAAGCUGCUCUACAAGCUUUUAAACAACAUUAUAUUUGUCAAAGGGCUCCAACAUCUAAUUCUUCACAUCUACACAAGCUGAAGUUCAGGGAUCUGUGACGUCGCUCAUACAGCACAAUGGCUUUUUACAUAACUGUAUUUAAAAUUCAGAACUCCACAGAGGGAUGGUGAACUUUAGCAACAGCUGAAGGCGUUUGUCCUUGUUGAUCAUUGUGACAGCAGCACGUCUGACACACUCCAGAGAACGAGCCCACUUAAAUCUCAACCAUGUUUUUUUAACUCAAUAAUUAAAAUCAACCCUUGAAUAGACACUCGGUUUUAAAUGGCUUGUUGUUUUUCCAAGGUUCUAAUAUUGCUUAUAUAGCUGCAGCCAUCAUCAUUCACGCUUGUAUUUCUUUAAAGUCAAGUCAAGUCAAAGUUUAUUUAUAGAGCACAAUUAAAAACAGUUGACCAAAGUGCUGUAAAGUUAUUGAAAUACAAUAAAAAAUCACACAUAAAAUAUAGUUAUAAAUAAAAAACAAUGAAAAUAAAAUACUAAAAACAGUAAAACAAUAAAAUAGUAAUAACAACUCAAUCUAAAAACAGAGUUAGAGUUAAAGAAGAAAAUAAAAGAGUAAAAAAAGUAAAAAAUGAGAAUAGGUUUUUAAUAAUGUUUUAAAGUGCUCAACAGGGUUACAAAACAAACUACAAUUAAAGUGAAAAUGUCCUUCGUUUUCAUCUUUGUCAACUUUUUUCAUACGUAAACCUUUUUGGUUGAUCAUCAUCAUUGAUUCAUCUAUCUGGUUUUAUGAUUUAAUAAACUUAUUGGGGCUGAGAUGGAUCAGACAAAGGAAAUAAAGGAAACAUUUAUUGUGACUUUUUUGAAUCUGGUACCCAACAAAUACCCCAUUACAAAAAACUAAAACUAAUAAAAACUAAACUAAAACGAAGCAUUUACAAAAACUAAAAACUAAACUAAAACUAGCAAACUCACUCUAAAAACUAAUUAAAACAAAAUGGAUUUGAAAACAAAAAAUCACAAUGAAAUUAAAACUAAAACUAAUGAAUAAUCCAAAACUAUUAUAACUUUGGUUCCUACAUGAGCAGUGGGAAUAAAUCAGUUUCCUCUAUUGCAAAGUUUAAGCCAAAUGUACACAGUAUAAGGCUGAGAAGUGAAGAUUAUAAGGACAUACUUUAUUAAACUAAAUAUAUUUCACUUUUAUAUGAAUGAACAAUAUAUCCAUAAUGAGGCACAAUUCAUUGUUUUGUGUUAAAAUAAUAUUUUCUAUAUUUUUAAACAUAUUUUUGAUUCACAAAUUCAUUACUGUAAUGCGUCCAGAUAAAAAUGUCAUGUUUCCCCACACUUAUAUACAAUAAAUAUUUAAUAAACUUUAUAAAAAUAUAUAUACAUUUGUUUAAAAAUGUAUGAUUUAACAAAUAUAAUUUAUUGAUGAUAAAAAAUGGUUAUAUGUUACGGUAAUGAUAGAAUUGUUUGCAUUAAAAUAUGUGUAUAUUUAAAUAAAAUACAUGUUGGUGAUACCAGCCACCCUUGAGCAUAUUAAGUGCUUGACAAAGAAAAUAAAUAUUGUUUUUUUUAUUUAAAAAUGUGUUACCGUAAUGAAUUUUGUUGCUCACAGUGUCUCUAAAAAUGUUAAAAAUACCUUAAAAUGUUUAAAAUAGAUUAUAUUUCCAUAUUAAACAGUGACUUUAGAUUGUAUAUGUUAUAAAGGGUCAAAGAAAAUAUGUAUUCAAUGCUCUUGGAUUAUUGCCGUGAGCUGCACCAUGUUCAUGAGAAUCACCCGGCACACUGACUGGUCUGACUGGUCUGACUGGUCUGA